CAGUUUCAGGCAGCAGGCGAUAACCUCGUAUUAAAAUGACCCACUGGAGCAUGCAUGGCACCUGCAGAUCAUGCGAUUCAUUGUUGAGAGCGGCAUGUCGUUCAACUGCAUGAAGCUUGAGAGCUUCAAACGCAUGUUGACGGUGAUCAUCCGACCUGGAGUUCCCAGAGUGCCCACCCGAAAACCCCAAACGUAUCACAUGAUUCGUACCACACUUUUGGAUGAGCUUGAUGUCGAAGUCCAAAAGUGUGUGAAACCUGUCCUCGCUACUUCGGCUAACUUCGGUUGCACGAUCAUGACAGACGGAUGGACUAACAUUCGGGGUCAGACGUUGUGCAACUACCUCGUCGGGACUACGAGGGGCGCCACAUAUGUCACGACAGAUGUCAUGCGAGGAAAGAAGGAUGCCACUGCUCUGGCGCAGGCUUGGCUGAGAAGGUUGAAGUCCCUAGACAUCAAGCUCGUAGACAUCACCGCUUUCGUCACAGACUCGGCCAGUUCGAACGUUUCUGCGAUGGAGGUGUUCCAGAAGGAUAAGAGUGUGAAGCACAUCUCCUUGAUUUCUUGUGUGGCGCAUUUCAUGGACCUCAUCCUUGAGGACAUCGGCGGCAUUGAGUGGGUGGCGACGCGCAUUGCUCAGGCGCGGGUGGUCACAAAGUUUUUCAAGCGCCAUAGUCAUGCUCGCAAGGUUUUGCAAGCUUUCAUGACGAUGGCACUGUUGCUUCCCGCUAAAUUCGCUUCGGCACGCAUGGUCAUUGAUGAUCGAUGGAAGGACACUGUUUGGUCAAUGAAGAAGAUUCGAGAUGACGCCAAGGAGGUCAUAGCAUGUGUCGGUUGUCCUCAGUGGUGGGAGGAUAUGAAAGCGGUGUGCAAGUUGUUGGAUCCCAUCAUGGACAUGCUGCAGAUGGUGGACAGUGACACGAGGCAAUUUGGCAAGAUUUUGCAACAGUACGACGAGAUGAUCGUGCGUUGUUUGUCUGCAUGUGCUGCUUUUGACAAGGAGGAGCAGGAUGCGGUGCUCGAAGUCUUUGACCGACGCCGAACCAUGUUCAAGUCGUCGACUCAUGUGGCUGUCAUGAUCUUGGAUCCAGAGUUUCGAGAUCACACGCUGCCAGAUGACGACGAGAUGCAGCACGAUUUGAAAGUUGCUCUGGUUCAGUUCGGGUACCCAGAGGACUCGGACCAGCACAACAAGAUCCUGACGUCCAUCGACAAGUUUCAUGCUAGGGAACCGCCAUUUGACGACGUGGGUAUGGAUCGGGCACAAACAGUUGAAGAACAAGCAGAGAUAGACCGCCGCCUGGCAGAAAAGAAGAAAGAGAAGGAGGAAAAGAAAAGGAAGGAGGAGGAAGUGAAGGAGUUACUAGAAGAAAAAGAAAAGAUGGAGAAGGAGAGGAAGUUAAUGGAAGAAUUGAAAGAAGAAGAAGAAGAAGAAGAAGAAGAAGAAGAAGAAGAAGAAGAAGAGGGGGGAAAGUUGGAAAGAAGGAGAAUCCAGUCGAAAGAAGAAGGGGCUGAGAGCAGUCAGGCAGGGGCGAUUCGUAUGCGACAACUGGAGGCAUUGAACUGGAUGGAGCAGUUCAGUUAUCGGACUGAGUUCCCGGAAGAGACAGAGGAGGAGAAAAAUGCCUUUAUCAUAAGGCUGGCCUCAACGGACGAGGCAGAGAAGAAUUUACUGUUGGAGGAGAAGAAAGCAGAAUUAAAUAAUAAGAUGGUGGCGGCAAAAAAACAGUAGAAAAGAAAAAGUUGAAAGACGAGGCGGAAAGGUUGGAGAAGCUGCUGCAGCAACAAAAAGGAAAGCAAGCUGCCACAUAUGAACGACUMUCCCUCCUAACAGAUACUAUCCUCCAUACUAACAAUGAACUUGCUGCACUCCACCGAACUGUUAAUCGAAUAGAGUUGCACCAAGGGGAAUUCGAAGGCGUCUGAAAUAACUUCCUGAGCAGUGCCUCAUAACAAAUUGAUCAUUGCAUAUUUGAGUAUGUUGACCAAUUAGAUAAAGCCCUCUGGAAAAG